GCAACUACUGGUUCGAGCUCCACAGCCAGCAGACGACCCAUGCCACACCGGAGGGCCGAGAGGUCUCGAGCGACUGGUUCUCCUGGAACGAGGACAUCAGGUCCGAUGCUCCGGACGUCGGCAUGGAGCCUUGUAUGCGCAACUCGGAAGCAGAUUGGACGACUUCCGAAGCUUCUGGGGCUGUCUGGCGACUGGUCACGGACCAGAAACGGAGCAGCACGCAGAAGAGACUGGAUGCCGCAAUCACGACAAGAGCAAUCUACGAAUCGCCAACAGAAGAUGUCGCCAAUGCAUCCAGCAUCAUCCAGAAUUCCACAGCUGCAGAUCUCAGCUUCCCUGACCUGGACCUGGACUAUGAUGAACUUGGAGGCACUCUUUCGUGGUCCGACCCCGUCAUGACAAGCGAGAUCGAGCAAUACAUGGUCUACCUGGCAGGUGAUGAGGUUGGCAAUGAUCGCGCGCUGUACGCGAAUUUGAGCUUCGGCACCACCAACCUUUCUGUUUACACGACUUCGAGCCUGAUAGAGCAGACGACUCCGGCGGAGCUACUUCUCUUCGAUGUCAACGGCACUGUGGAUGCACCCUUCUUCGUUGGCCAGGAUCUGAACUUGGACAAUCUGGAGGGCUCCUUGCAGUGGACUCCACAGGCGUCCUCAGCACAACCGCAGAAUAUCCAGGACUACAUCAUCUACCUGGCAACGAGCUCCAGUGGUGACACGCGGUCUCAGGUUGGAGCAGCCGUGCCGGUGGGGACCAAUCUGCUCUUUGGACAGAAAGGGGUCUACGUCUCAUCUCUUCUCUGCAAGACAGCUGUGCCAAGACAGUCUCAGCUGAGAGGUCCUGAACUGGAGUUGCAGCCACAGCAAACUCAGCAACA